GCGCUGAAAAUUCAAAAGCAACUAAAAGAAAAGCGGAAAAGCAGUAAUAUAUAUAAUAUCGCAAGAAUCGAAAAACACGCUGGAUUAAAGUGUUCUAACUUCUUCAAAACCCAAAAGUGCUCACAGUGAAAAGUGAUCAAAAAACCUAAAACAAAAGCAACUCGCAGAGAUACCAAAUAUAAAAAAGAUUUAAUUUCUUUAACUAAAAACUAAAAACCUCGCAAGUAACCGGUACGACCGUGUAAUAACCGCCAAGAUUCUACUCAAGGAGCGUAAAGCAAUCAUCUCGAGAAUGAAGUCGUUGACGGCCGUUUGCCAGACGACGACAGGUGCCUCCGGCAUGCCGGCCUUGAGCGCCAACAGCGGGCGCAUCACGCGCCACCCACCGCACCGCGGCGACGGCGAGAACGCCGAGAUGAAGAUGUAUCUGUCCAAGCUGAAGGAUCUCGUGCCGUUCAUGCCCAAGAACCGCAAGCUCUCCAAGCUGGAGAUCAUCCAGCAUGUCAUCGACUACAUCUGCGAUCUGCAGACGGAACUGGAGACACAUCCCGAAAUGGGCAACUUUGAUGCGGCGGCCGCUCUGACGGCGGUCAACGGUCUGCAUGACGACGAGGACAGCGACAUGGAGGAUGCGGAUGCGGAUGCAGAGCCCAUGCCCACCUCCGAUGCGGAUGUGCUAGCGCAGCGUCUAAGCGCCGAACAGCAGGCCAAAGUAUCUAGUCCCGCCGCCCGUCUCCCACUCAGCGAUCGCCAAACGCCCAACACGCUCGUCGUGGCGCCCGCUCAUCAGCAACAACUGCAGCAGCAGCAGCAGCAAUCACAGCAGCAACUGUCCAACAGUUUAGCAACGCCACUGAACGCAGCGGAGAAGGAUAGCAGGCAGUCGUAAGGGGCUGCGGAAAACCUAUGAAACCUAUAUAAACUUAUUAACUAAAUGCAUAAUUAAAGUACAGUCAACUCCACUCGCAACCUUCGUGUGAAGAUCUCCGCAUAAAAUAUAAAAAAACUCUCAAGAAGAACCACAACUACAAAGCCGGCGCCCAGCAACUCUCUUCAACUCUCUUUCUCAAUUCGAGAUUUAAAUAAGGAAAAAGAGAGCUCGGCUCAAGCAUUUCACACAAACACACACACACACCAACACACAUUGAAAGAGUUUAGUUUAAACAUUUAAUAACACACAAACACACACACACCUAGCAUUAGAGCAUCGUAAGCAAGUAAACAUUUAAUUAAUAAUAUUAAACAUUAACUAGGAUGGCGCUUAAGAAUGAAUGAAAGAACGGAAAGAAGGAGAAAACUUGGCAAAGCUUUAAACAAUUUAAUUUUUCCUUUUAACGCUUGAAAUUAAUCGAAGCAUAUAUAAUUUUGUUUUCCUAAUUUUAGUUUUGUUUUGGUUUAAACAACGCAAAAAAAAAUAUAUAUGUUACUAAUGCAAAGCAAAAACACAGAGAUCAGCAAUAAAGCAAAAAUAAAAUACAAAAAAUAAAAGCAAGCAAAAUGGGAAUUAUAUAUAUUUAAUUCGAAUUUUGUAUUAUGAUUUCUCUCUCUCCCAACGAUUUUCCUAUUAAUUUUAAACAAUCAAGAUUUUUCCUAUUAUCGAUUAGCCAGCAGCCAAUAAAUAACAAAAAAUAAAAAACAAACAAAACAAGAACAACCAACUCAGCACACACAUUCAAAUUCAUUAAUUUAUAUCGAGUACGUUUUAGUGUUUAAGUUGAGAAAGUUAAUUUCCAGGCACUAAUUUUCACACACACAAACACAACCACAAAUGCAAACCUCAUUUUGUAGUUUUUCCGGAUCGUUUUCCUCUCUUUUUUUAACGAAUAAUGCAUAAUAAUAAUUACCAGAUAUACACUAAAAAAAACCUAUAAAUAUAUAUAUAAAUAUAUGUUCUGUGAUCUGUAGCAUACUUUGUACAAAGUGUUUUUUAGAGCAUAAUUAUGCGAUUUUUUAAAUUAUGAUUUGAUGAAGAUCCGCUAAAGAAAUCGAAAGCAAACAAUUCUGAUUAAAAUUAUAUAAUUUUUGUUCUCA